AUGUCGAACGACCUACUCAUUGACCUCGAUGACUUUUAUAGAGGCCCCGAGGUAGCGGCGCCGGGCAACGGCGCUCAUCCUCCCAGCAACCCCGUCUCUCAGUCCUUUCCGUUCUCAUCUUUCACACCCACCUCGCAGUCUCAGCCGCAGGCGCAAACCGCACCCACCCAGGACGAUGACGAUGACUGGGGCGGUUUUGAGACCGCAGAGACCCCAGCGCCGCAGGCCCCGAUAACCUCAUCCUCGUAUGCGCCUGUCGUGCCCGUCGCGCCUGCCGGACCCGCCGCAACUACUCAGGCCCCCUUCGACCCCUUUGCCCACCAGAGGCAAGAGCAACCCCCUUCCAGUACGCACGAGAAUAGUGCGCGCAUCGACUAUCGACCUGAUGACCAACAAUCUUGUAGACUUGGGAUUCUCGUCAAACACCUCUCCGGUCCCCAAGGCUUCCUGGCACCCUCCGCAGCCGCCGGCGGAACCCCCAAGAAGAAGGACCCUAAUGUGCUCUUCGAUGUGGAAGACAUUGACGAGACGGAGGAGUUCGACGACGACGAGUUUGGCGACUUCGAGACCAGCGGCGCCGGCUCGUACACUAAUAACACGGCCGGCUCUGCGGCGGCCCCGGCAUUCGCCAGCCCGCCACGCGCUUCCAAGCCUACACCGCCACCAGCUGCGUCCGAAGACCUAUUCUCCGGCGCCGACUUCUUUGCGCCCCAACCGGAGCCGAAUAAGGCUGCCAAGAAGCCCGGGCUCAUCCUUGGCAAUAUCACCACGAGCGUCCCCUCGCCUUAUCCGCCUCCCCUCAAAUCGCCACCCUUCCAGGAACGCAACCCUUACAAGGGUCUCGCGAUAGCCGCGCCCAAGCAAGAAGACCUGAAAAAGACAGACGAUCCAAACUCGCCAUCCCCGGUAACCGCUUGGCCUGACUUGGAUGGAGGCGCGCCGCCUGCGAGUCAGAGGGACGAGUGGGCACCCUGGGAAGACUUUCCCGAGGAGAAGCCUGAGCAGAAACAACAGCCCAGAGACGCCCUCCGCUCCGCCCAAGGGGGUCUCCUAGAAGAAGGGGAGGAGGGCUACGACGAUAAGGAACCGCCGCCUACGAAUAUACCACCUCCCUCCGUCCUCAUGACCAUCCUUCCCGGUCUUUUCAACUUGGCGACCACGUCCCUCUUCCAACCCACGGCUGGCCAGUCGGCAGAGGCCAAGAAGAAGAUCAUGUCCGAUCCAGCCACCCUAGCGUUCCUCCGCAGCUACCUCUUGAUCGCGACGGUGGCGGCACGCAUCCUCGCCGGCCGGAAGCUACGAUGGCACCGCGACAAGUUCCUCGCCCAGGGCAUGGCCAUCUCGGCUGCCGGCGCAAAGGGCAUGAAGCUGGCCGGCGUCGACAAAGCGGAAACGGCGCGCGAGGACCGUGAAGCGGCCGACGUGGUGGCCGCGUGGAAGACCCAAGUCGGACGCGUGCGAUCCGCCGUGGCAGCCGCCAACGCAGCCACGACCGGCGGCGGGACCGGGGCUCCGGGCAGCAGCUGA